AUGCCGCCCCCCGAUGACACGACUGCGCUACCUGAUGAGACCGAACCACCGGCCAAUGCGACGACGCCGAAGCGGCAGCGAGACAUCACGGGUUAUGGAACCGAGAUGCGUGCUGAGGCCGCAAAGCUGAAGACAAGGAGAAGGGGCGCGUUGGUGCGCUCGAGGUUGUUGGGGUUGGAGGAGGCACACGGCGUGGCAGCAAACGCCAUUGGCAGAGGUGAUUCAGACACACCCAAGCUCCGCGUGGGAGAGGUCAAGCCCCACGAAGACGUCGAGGUUGAAGACGACAAGUCCGAGAAAGAAACCACGCGUCCGAUGUCACUAAGCCAAGAGUCAGACAGGUCGGUGAUCAAAAUCAAACCAUCACGUCCACAGUCCUACCGCCGUCGCGCGUGCGAAGCCUGCAGGAAGAAAAAAAUCGCGAAAAAGUGCAAUCACGCGGAACCAUGCAAUAAUUGCGAAAAGCCGGAGCACUGUUUCUACGUCACUCACAAGGGCAAGAAGAGAACUACUCCGGCGACGGCCAAGAGGACUCUGUUGGAGUGGACGCUGUCCCCGAAGCCCACGUCGCAGAACGUGCUUCCUGGCGCCGCCUUCACACCGGUGGGACAGGUUCCUCUCAUGAACGGCGUCUACAACAACGGCGCUGCAUACGGUGAGCUGGCGGGUGCUCCAGCACACCCGCGUGGGUAUGGCUACUACGCCGACCCCCCUGGCGGUAUAACGAGCGGCUUCGUGUCAACUCCAGCUCAUUCGUUUGUAGCACCCUGCUCGUCGUAUCAACAGCCUGUUUCUUCUUUCCGGCAGCCCGCACCGUCUUUCCAACAGCCGUCUAGAUGGUUUCAACAACCCAAUUCGUCAUUUCAACAGCCGGCUUCGUCACUUCAACAGUCCGCUUCUUCUUUACAGCAACCUGCUUCAUCGUUUCAACAACCCAAUUCGUCUUCGGCAUUCCAAACACCGACUUUCCCGUUUAAAGCAUCACCGCUGCUUUACGUGCAAAAUCAACCCACUCCGGGAACGAUGCCAGUGCAGACCGACUACAGCGGCAUGGUCAACACGGGCUAUCCUCCCUACGGGACCCACGGACAGCGUGACAUCUACCACCAGUGCGAACCCUUCUGCAACACGACCGACAGCACGGCACCGAGCACCUUGGUCCCCUUUCCAAUCCACCGGCAAUGCCAUUCAAUGUCGAUACAGGGGUUUCAGCCUCAACAGCAGAACCAGUCGGUCUCGAUACAGGGGUUUCAGCCUCAGCCGCAAUACAUUGAGUCGAUCUCGAUGGAGGCCUUCCCACCUCAUCAGCAACAUCAUCCAAUCUCGGCACAGGCUUUUCCAAACCAGCAGCAACACGCGCCUCCAGGAGUCACGACGGCAGAGAAUGAAGGCUACAUUCCCUUGUACCUGGAAGAAGAGUAUGACGAUGACGCCUACGUCGCGAGACCUGUCCAUGGAAACACUGCCCAGACGAGUCCAAUCCAGCCACCAAACCUCGUCGCUUCGAGGCCGAAUACAGGACCGAUGACAUAUUACCCGACUGCUGCUGCUGCUACUGUUGCUGGGCACUUGGACAGCGCUUGGCCAUUUCAAGGGUGGACUCCGUCGACCAUGGUAGCGCCCUCGACCUCAAUAGUCGCCUCAACUCCCAUGAUGCGCUCGACUCCAGUACCAGCCCCGACCGUGAUCACCCCCUCAGCUCUUAUCCUGGCCUCACGACCUGACGCUAACCUUGGAUCCACGGUAACCACCGACAACCCCUUCGAACCUGCCAUCCCGAACCACCCGAUCCCGGCAUGCCAUCCCUACUGGACAAGCAUGGAGGCAUGGGCGCAGGCCGAAGAUUAUUCGAGUUAG